AUGCUGGGCAAUGGAUUUGCCCACCAGGAAAGUCAAACCUCCUCCUUUGCUGCGACCGCAGUCGCGGCGGAUGAUCUUAUAGUCGGCACAGGAAGGGACCUUGGUGGAGUUAGUCCACUUUGUCUCUUGGAUAGCCGCUACAGCUUUGCUCUGCGAACGCCUGAAGGCCAGGAGCUGGUCAAGCUGGUGUUAGGGAGAGCCUAA